CAUUUGCUCAGGUAUAAAAGGAAAGGGUUAAACCAGGUAGUAUGCACUACAGGAGCAAGAGCAACCACUCAUCCACAGCCAACAUGAGCAACAUGAGCAUGAGGGGCAAGAUCAUCUUCUACGAGGAUAGGAACUUCCAAGGUCGCUCCUAUGAGUGCAUGAGCGACUGUUCCGACAUGCACUCCUACAUGAGCAGGUGUCACUCCUGCCGGGUGGAGAGUGGCUGCUUCAUGGUCUAUGAUCGCCCCAACUACAUGGGAAACCAGUACUUCAUGAGGAGGGGAGAGUAUGCUGACUACAUGAGCAUGAUGGGCUGGAAUGACUGCAUCAGGUCCUGCCGUAUGAUUCCUAUGUACAGGGGAUCUUACAGGAUGAGGAUCUAUGAGAGGGAGAACUUUGGGGGUCAGAUGUAUGAGAUGAUGGAUGACUGUGACUCUAUUAUGGACCGCUACCAUAUGUCCAACUGCAUGUCCUGCCACGUGAUGGAUGGCCACUGGCUGAUGUAUGAGCAGCCCCACUACAGAGGCAGGAUGAUGUACCUGAGGCCUGGAGAGUACAGGAACUUCAUGAACAUGGGCAUGAGCGGCAUGAGAUUCAUGAGCAUGAGGAGAAUCAUGGAUUCCUGGUAUUAAAUUUGUACUCUUUAAUACCACUGAAUUAAAAUACUCUGAACAACUGGGA